UCAACCUUCUGUAAACAAAUCCCCACGACCUCAACCUAAGAAAACUACCAACACGUUCCUUCAAGAUGAUGAAUUGGGCGAAACAACAGCUGGCCAACGUGGCCGGCACCCAGGAGCCAAUCUACGGCCCAUCACACAUUCGGUCUGUAGCCAAGCAAGCGGAAACUACACCCUAUAGUAUUCUCAAACGAGAGGACUUGAAAUGGGUUACCCCGGACUCGACAAACGUGGAAACAGCAAGCUUCUACUUUAAUGGUGAUAACGGACACAUCGGAUUUGCUCAGGUUAUCUACAGCAACGUUGCCGGUAUUAAGACGACUGUUCAGUUCAACACAAAGAUUUUCUACCCCAAAAGCGAAAACAAAGCUCCGCUCUUCUUCUCUGACCAAGUCAAAGAUGUCGACUUCAGCGAGGACAAAUGCAACUUCUACGCCGAAAACUGCGCUGUCGAGUUGUCCGAAGAUGGCAAGACAUAUACAAUUAAGUCGAUGGUCAAUGAGGGCUCUAUUGUCAACCUCAAGAUAACACAGGUUGCACCAGGUUUCCAGGUCGGAACGGAUGGGACUACAUUUUUCGGGCCGGAUCCACAGGCACCUUGGGGUACGAUGAGGCAUGUCUUCUGGCCGAGGAAUAAGUGCGAGGGAUCAAUUUUGACCAAGGACGGUCCUGUAAAUUUCAAUGGGAAUGGGCUAUUCAUCUAUGCCAUUCAGGGAAUGAAACCACAUCACGCUGCCGCAAAAUGGAAGUUCGCCGACUUCCAGGGCACAAAUUAUUCUGCUGUAAUGAUGGAAUUCAUCACCCCUCCAUCUUAUGGUUCUACCGUGGUCACUGUUGGUGGGGUUGUCAAGGAUGGAGAAAUUAUCACGGCAGGAUCUUCUUGCGUCGCCUCACACCAAAAAGUCAAGGAAGACCCCGAGAAUGAGUGGCCAGAACCAGAGGAAGUAUCAUUCGAGUGGACAGGGAAGACGAAGGACGGCAAGGAUGUUAAGGCCGUUCUUUCUGGCCCUCUCAAUGACAAAAUUGACAGAAUUGAUGUUAUGUUUCACGUACCGGGGUUCGUGAAGAAGAUUGUGGCAGGGGCUGCAGGAACGAAGCCAUACAUUUACCAGUACUCUCCAACCGACCCGGCCAUGCCUCUGAAGAUAAAUAUUGGCGACGAGGAGGUUAUCGAACAAGGUGUCCUGUUUUCGGAGGCAACAUUCAUCUGUCCAUGAUCUUCACGACUAAUAAUUGCAUCGUUGGUUUAUGACUUUCAUGGCGUUCUGAGUAGAAGAGGCAAACACAUUCGUUGGGUACUACAGUGCAUUAAUAAUGCAGCAGCUCAGGUAGCACGCACGUAAUAAUAGAGUCUCGAUACGAGAGACUUGAAUCAAUUAAAUGACCUCGAU